AUGAUCAAGAUUGGUACCGGAGCGUUCCCAAGUGGACGAGCAUGGGAUCACAUGGGGAGAACAGAGCUUGUACAGAUUUUCGUUUCGUACGAUGAUCGUGCUAUUAGAUUCUUACAAUGUCUUUAUGCUGAGAAUGGAAGGCUAGUUUUGUCUGAGCGCCCUGAUGAUACCUAUCCCGGAAAAAAAUUCAGCACAGUUACGCUCCAAUAUCCAGACGAGUUUCUAACAUCAUUGAAGGGAACUUGUUGCUCUGAUAAUCGUGGCAAUGAGAAAUUGACUUCCAUCGAGUUCGGUACCAAUGUAGGCAGACAUGGACCGUUUGGACAGGCGUACGAGGGUGACAAAUAUUUUGAUUUCCAAUUGGGCAACCACCAGGCAUUUGGUGGAUUUCACGGCACUACUAGGUCCUAUCUUUUGGGAUCCAUCGGGGUCUAUGUCAAGCCAAUCGCCUUGCCUCGAAACCUCAACUCUGAUCAACAGGUCAAAGUCUUGAAAUCUGCAAACAUUGACGUCUGGAGGCAGCAGGCAGUGAUGAAGUUGGCAGAGUGGAUUUGGGAGUUUGGUAGGCUGUCAGCAAUUGGAGUGUACAUUGAAGGCGAUUAG